AUGCUCGCGCAGGAAGAAUACGAGCAGCCUGAAGACUUUAUCUGGGAUACCUAUUUGAAAGCCUCCAAAGACGAGGAUGAAGCGCGCCCAAGAAACUGGGAGGGAAGUACAACAGGCAUCUUGACUUUCACUGGCCUGUUCGCCGCGACUGUCGCGGCCUUCAUGAUUGAGAGUUACAAGCUCCUGUCAGUCGACUCGGGGGACCAGAGCGUCUAUCUUCUCUCGCAGCUUCUUGCAGCGACGGCGAAUGCUUCUUCCGGCCUUCCGGUGAUCAUUCCACCUCCCGAACCUUUCACAACUUCCUCCUCAGCCGUCAUCACGAAUGCACUAUGGUUUUCGAGUCUAUUGAUUGCGCUCGUGUGCGCGUUGUUGUCGACGCUCGUGCAGGAAUGGGCGCGAGCAUACGUCCAGGACAUCAAUAGACGCAAGGUCCUGCACGAGACCCUGCGAGAGCGCGCGUUCAAUCAUAUCUUCAUCCGCAUGGGCGUCAAUCGCUAUGGCAUGGAUCAAUUCGUGUCUUGGAUUGUGGCGCUCGUCCAUCUCUCUGUGUUCCUCUUUGCCUGUGGCCUUGUAGUCUUUCUCUUUCCUCUCAACAGUAUUGUGACUGAUAUUUCCUCCGGUGUACUGGGCAUAUUCGUGGUGAUAUAUGGUUCUGCAAGUCUACUCCCUCUUCUGGACAAGAGCUGUCCGUACAGGACUCCGGUCACGUAUUUGACGGCUAUCACAUACCAAUUCGUCAUACAGAUACCUAUUCAGAGACUUCUAGUGUGGCUCUGGCAGUCCCGCAGUGCUCACACGAAGGACACGAAGGACUUUCACGGGAUCAUUGCGCGACAGUAUACGGGCCAUAGCUUGGACUUUAUGAUCGGGAACCGAUAUGCAUUCAUGCGGGAACAUACGUAUCCCCAUAUAGCUUCUCAGAACAGCAACUCCCUUUUCAAAGGAUUGCUCACUUUCAUCGGACAACAUCGAGACAGGGAUGCUCUUCUCAGCCUCAUGUGUGCUGAUAGCAUACUCACGAAGAGGCUUUAUCAAUACGUGCAGAGCGCGUAUCGCGCGCAUGGCGUAACACCUUCGACAGUGCUAGUUGCUCCUGAGAUGUUCAUCUUUGUGUCCAAACUCUCCGAGAGGAUGUUUGCAAUGGAAGUUGAACAGUACAACGAGCCGGGCACGACGGAUCUGGCUCCCACGAGCAUCUGGCUUCUUGAUGCUAUAGGCAUCGUGUCACAGAUAGCCCAGGUCGAAGGUUCAUCGCAGCUGUGGGCUCAUCUGUGCCUUGCCUACGUACGGCACUCGCUCAUGAAACUAUGCCUCAAGGCAUAUGACAAGAAGAUGAAGACCAUACCGGAAGCAGAAGUGUCGGACCUUUUCAAUGAGUCGUGCUCUCCUAGUUUCAGGCUCAAUGACCGUCACCCUAACGGUAUUCUUCUCAUGCUCACCAAUGGCUUCUACUCUCGUUAUAGAUGGCACGACCUCGGCCUGUCAAGCCUAUUGCCCUUGCAUGACGACGCCUGUUGCAAAGACUGGAGGAGCAUGCUAACACGCGAGGGUCUCUCGCACGUGGUAGCGUGCAACGCUUUGUCAACGGUUGCCCGUGUAUUGGCUUCCACAGUUGACCAGAGGGACGACACUAGCGAGCUUUUGAGUAAAGUCUUCAUCGAUCUUGUGAAAUGGGACAACGUUUUCGAUAUGUCGGAGACCGGCAGACGAAAGAUGGUCUCUCCCGAGUUCGUUGAAGUUUUACAAUUGGCUGGAUUGUCCAAGUGGUUGGAACUUGGGAGUGACUUCGACUCUCGGGCGCAUGAAGGGACGCAUCACGGAUUCCUACAUGGGACUCGCGUAGGGUGGCGUUGCUUUUGGAUCCUUCAGAAACUUGCACGCCACGUCAACUUCACAGCGUAUCGUGCGCAGAGAGCAGCGGGCACAUCUUCAGUGCAACCGUCGUCCCUGAAGAAGCUCUUACAGUCAGAGGCUAUCGCAUCAGAUACUCUAGGUCCCUCACAUCACCAGUCGCUAAAGCUCGCCGAGACAGCUGUCAUUCGUCGGAAGGAUUAUGCAAUCAAGCCUUCCUCAGUUACAUCAUCCACCUCAACGGCAGAGAACACAACACAGUCCAAUCGCGUCAUUGGAGAAGCCAUUACCGCUCACAACGGGAACGGAGCCGGAAACGUCGGGCCGCGUGCCAGCAUGGUGAGAAAUCCAAGCGUCAACGAGCACCUCCCUGGUGAGACUACAGACUUACAAGAGGUUAUCGUGGACAAUACUACACCCAGAUCUCCCGAGUCCCAAUCGGUUGACCCCGGGAGUUACUUACUUACCUACUUACUUACUUACUACCAGCCCUGA